AUGAGUUAUCCACCGGAAUUUUCGCGCUCCUGUCACGAAGCUGAUGGACGGAGUGACAAAAGUGGAGGGAGCAUCGCAAGUAGUGCCUUAGGGACCAGUUGUCUAUCAUCUGGGCUCAGCGAAAAACAAUUUUCCAACAGCGACGAUAGCAGGCCUCUACCUUAUUCUGAAAAUGACUCAGAGUAUUACCCAUAUUACAAUAAUUGGUAUAAAUGGACACAAAGCCUAGAUUCACUCCUUGAAGACAGCGAUGGUGUUGCUACGUUCAAGGCUUUCCUCAGUCAAGAGAAUUGCGGCAACCUCUUAGACUUUUGGUUUGCGUGCCAUGGAUUUAAAAGUAAAGUUGAUCCCUCAGACAAUAGGAAAAUACUUCAAUUGAUCAAAGCGAUAUAUAGAACAUAUAUUCGCGGUGGUAAUUCCUCGAGUUCGAUAGAGUCAGCUUCGCGGUUUGGACAUCAAUCCAUUCGUCUGAGACCAGAAACUCGUAGAGCUAUAUCUGACCGUAUUUCAAGAAAACAAUCUCUAGAUCAAACAGUAUUUGAUGCUGCACAUAGCGAAGUGGAUUAUUUCUUACGAACAACUGCAUACCCGGCAUUUAUCGCCUCUCAAAAUCGAGGGCUUCAUUCAUACUCGGGAGCAAGGCAUCAAAUUAAUGUUUCUGCUCCUAAACUCUCUCAUCAUACACAGAUUUCGUCUCAAAAUUCGUAUCCGAAUCCGAUUGAAAUUUCUCCGCAGUGUUCCACCUAUUUGCCGCCACUAGACGAAGACAAAGAACUAAAAAUGGAUAGUCUUAUCAUCCAAUCACUCCCUAGUUCCAUAUUACCCAAUCGUAAUAUUAUUAAUAAAGCCGGUGUCGAUAGCUCAUGUGUUGUUGCUAAUCCUUAUCCUCAGAAUGAUUGCAUUCUUGAACCAACUCGCCAAAUAACACAUGUACUGCCGAGAAACGCUAAUUGUGCCUAUGCUUCCCAAAUAUCUCCUGCACCACUUACGGUUGAAAAUGUCAAGAUGACCCGCCUAUAUCGGGCAGAAUUAUCGUACCAAUGUGUCCUCCCCGCAACUCAUAAUUCUCCUGAAGCCUUUAUUGACGCCCACCCACAAAAAGAAACAGUGGCCUGUGAUAAUAAGAAA